UGGAACCCGGCGUCCAUUGAACAGAACACAAAGGCAGAAACCUACCCCAAAGGUCGGGGCCCGGCGGGGCGCUGGGGGUGGGCGCUCCCCGCGGCCCCCGGCGCCCUUCGCCCCGAGACGCCCCGGCCCGGUGGCACCGGCGCGACCGAGGUCCAGCUUCGGGGACACGCCCGGCCAGCCGCGGGGAAGGCACCAGGUGAGCGCGGCCGCGCCUACCGGAACCCCGCUCCCGCGCGUCCCGCGGCGACGCGGCGCCCACCCGCCCCGGCAACCAGGAACCCAGGGCCCCACCAUGGCUCUGGCCGCCGCCGCCGCCGCUGCGGCCGCCGGGGUGAGCCAGGCAGCGGUGCUGGGCUUCCUGCAGGAGCACGGCGGGAAGGUGCGCAACUCCGAGCUGCUGAGCCGCUUCAAGCCGCUGCUCGAUGCGGGCGACCCGCGGGGCCGCGCCGCCCGCAGGGACCGCUUCAAGCAGUUCGUCAACAACGUGGCGGUAGUGAAGGAGCUCGACGGCGUCAAGUUCGUGGUGCUGAGGAAGAAGCCGCGGCCCCCAGAGCCCGAGCCCUUUGACCCCCAGGGAGCAGGGGCCCAGCCGUCGAAGCCCACUGUGGUCUUGCCAGGCGACGCCUCUGCCCCGGAAGCUCCGCCCUUGGUCCCGGUGCCGCGGCCGGUGGAGCCGCCGGGGGACCCGGGUCCGCUAACAGAGACACAGGACACUCCGUGGGGGCCGGCCUCCGAGCCCGCUCAGCCGGCCGGGGAGCGGUCCGCCGACCCACCGCUUCCAGCCCUCGAGCUAGCCCAGGCCACCGAGGGACCCUCCGCAGACGCGGCCCCACCGCCUAGGGCCCCUUCUGAGGCGGCCUCACCCUGCUCUGAUCCGCCAGACCCGGAGCCGGGGCCCGGGGCAGCGAAAGGGCCGUCGCAGCAGAAACCCUGUAUGCUGCCCGUGCGCUGCGUCCCGGCCCCCGCCACGCUCCGCAUCCGGGCGGAGGAGCAGGGCCUGCGCCGGCAGCUGUCGGAGGAGCCGAGCCCGCGGAGCUCUCCUCUGCUGCUGAGGCGGCUGUCGGUGGAAGAGUCCGGUCUGGGCCUCGGCCUGGGCCCGGGCCGCUCCCCGCACCUGAGGCGCCUGUCGCGCGCCGGCCCGCGUCUGCUGAGCCCCGAUGCCGAGGAGGUGCCCGCCGCGCCGCCGCCGUCCGCCGUGCCCUUGGAGCCGUCAGAGCACGAGUGGCUCGUGCGGACGGCCGGGGGCCGCUGGACCCACCAGUUGCACGGGCUGCUGCUGCGCGACCGCGGCCUGGCGGCCAAGCGCGACUUCAUGUCUGGCUUCACGGCCCUGCAUUGGGCCGCCAAGAGCGGCGACGGCGAGAUGGCGCUGCAGCUGGUGGAGGUCGCGCGGCGCAGUGGCGCGCCAGUCGACGUGAACGCGCGCUCCCACGGCGGUUACACGCCGCUGCACCUGGCUGCGCUGCACGGCCACGAGGACGCCGCUGUGCUGCUGGUGGUGCGCUUGGGUGCCCAGGUGAACGUGCGUGACCACAGCGGGCGUCGCGCCUACCAGUACCUGCGGCCUGGCUCCUCGUACGCGUUGCGCCGCCUUCUUGGCGAUCCAGGCCUGCGAGGCACCACGGAGCCAGAUGCGACCGGUGGUGGAAGUGGCAGUCUUGCUGCCAGGCGCCCGGUGCAGGUGGCCGCCACCAUCCUCAGUUCCACCACCAGUGCAUUUUUGGGCGUCCUGGCCGACGACCUCAUGCUCCAGGACCUGGCCCGAGGCUUGAAGAAGUCGAGCUCCUUAAGCAAGUUCUGGAGCGCAUCGCCCAUGGCUCCACGUAACAAGACAAAGAUCCGCGGUGGUCUGCCAGCCUUCUCAGAAAUCUCUCGUCGACCUACUCCCGGGCCUUUAGCUGGUCUAGUGCCCAGUUUGCCUCCAACAACCUGAAGGUCCCUGGGACUACCACUUGGUUGAUCUAUCGCGGCCUGCUCCUGGCAGUCUAAACCCGC